CAUUAUAUUUCUGCAUGCAAACGUCCAUUUCCUUUUUAGUUGUGUAAAAAAAAAGAAAAAGAAAAGAAAGAAACCUGUUUGUUUUACCUAUAAUCAAGUAUAUGAAGCCUGGCAAUUAACAGUCUGAAAAACCUGAGCCCAUGCAUUAUUCCCCUGAAGGUGCUGUUGACGUAAAUUUGGAGGUAGCCAGAUACAAGAUGGUUGGUUGGGGAAAAGCUCAUCUUGGGUUUAAAAGCUUGAACAGAAUCAUCUUUUUUAUUUGAAUCUUUCAUCCAAUCGUGAUUCUUGCAAGCAAAAACCAGGGGGAAGAACAGGGGUAAGAUUCAGGACCAAAACAUGGAGCUUCGUAUUCAUGAAGGUAAUGAGAAAGAACAUGAAGAGAACUAUGAAGAACCUCUUUUGGAUCAUGAAGAUGAAAAACUAAUAAAAAGGGCUCUCAUUGACUUCAAGUGCAAAGUAGAAGAUGCGAUGCAUGGGAAUUAUCUGUUUGGGAUCCCCGACACUCAUCCCUGCCAUAACCAAACCACAAAGGAGAUUGAACAGCUUAAUGAGAUCAAACUCUGGGGUGUAGCUUUGAUGCCAAGCAAACCCCAUGAAGGGACCGAUACCCUGUUGUUGAAAUUCUUGAAGUCGAAAAACUAUGUAGUCCACGAGGCGUUGGAGAAGCUUCGGAAGACGUUGGCAUGGCGGAAGGAAUUCAAGGCUGAUGAAAUCCUGGAAGAGAAUUUGGGUCCUGAAUUCCAAAAAGUGGCUUACCUCAAUACCGUAGACAAGGAAGGUCGCCCUGUCUUUUACCAUGUUUAUGGUGAUUUGAAAGACAAGCCAAUGCAGUAUCUUGAAAAAAUGAGAUCAGAAGAGAAUUCUGAAAAGUUUUUAAGAUGGAGAGUUCAACAAAUGGAGAAGUGCAUCAAAGAACUCAACUUUGAACCCGGUGGAGCUGACUCAUUGAUUCAGGUAAUAGAUUGGAAGGACUUUCAAGGACCUCACACUAAGGAACUUCGUUCUGUUUAUCGAAAAUGUUGGACGUUGCUUGAAGAACAUUAUCCUGAGAUCAUCCAUCAAUAUAUAAUUGUAAAUGUUCCUUUACGGUACUAUGUAUCCCAUUCGUUUUCUUCACGGUUGAUAACUCACAAACCGAGUAACAAGAUCAUUUUUGCCAGACCAGGGAAAGUUACUGAGACUCUUCUCAGAUUCAUAUCUCCAGAAAAUCUUCUCGUUGAAUAUGGAGGUCUCAAAAGAAUCAACGAUAACGAGUUUUCGUCGGAGCACAAAGUGUUUGAGCUUAAUCUCAAAGCACAUGCAUCAACACAUAUUGAAAUUCCAGCCCCCGAGGUUGGAGUGACAAUAGUAUGGGAUGUAACAGUGGUGGAAUGGGAUGUAACAUACAAAGAGGAGUUCAUACCAGAGGAUGAAGGAUCAUACCAGGUGUUGUUGCAAGACAAGGAAAAGAAAGGGGGGGAGACACUCUGUGUUAGGAAUUCAUAUUAUAUAAAUGAAGCAGGGAUGAUCAGUAUAUUUAUUCACAAUCACAUUAACAAGUGCAAGAAGGUUUUCUAUAGAUACAAAACCAAACCCACUGUUCCCACAUACCUCUUGUAUAAAACAUAAUACACUGUUAAAUAUAAAGUUCAUUUGUUUAAAUAUGUCAAUUGAAAAUAUUUUGUAGUUACACAAGUGUAAUGAAACUUGAGUACUUAGAGAUCAAACAAGGGUUAGCACCAAAUUAAACUUUUCU